CUUUCCCACCAUGCAGCGGGUGAUGUCUGAGGAAAGAUGGCGGAAGGAGGAGCGGCAGAUCUGGAUACCCAGAGAGGAGAGGUCGCGGCACUGUUGAAAAUACAGCUAAAAAAGGGAGACACUUGGUACCUGGUGGACAGUCACUGGUUCAAACAGUGGAAGAAAUAUGUCGGAUAUGACAGUUGGGACAAAUACCAGAUGGGGGACCAGAAUGUCUACCCAGGACCAGUUGAUAACUCCGGUCUUCUCAGAGAUGGGGAUGUGCUGGCCAUCAAGGAGCACCUCAUCGAUGAGCUUGACUACAUCCUGGUCCCCACAGAGGGCUGGAAUAAGCUUGUCAGUUGGUAUGGAUUGACAGAGAACCAGGAGCCAAUUGCACGCAAGGUGGUGGAACAGGGUAUGUUUGUGAAGCACUGCAAAGUGGAGGUGUACCUGACGGAGCUGAAGCUCUGUGAAGACGGCAACAUGGACAAUUUGAUCACCAGACGCUUCAGUAAAGCCGACACAAUAGACGUGAUAGAGAAGGAGAUGAGGAAGCUGUUCAGCAUCGCUGACGAGAAGGAGACCAGGCUGUGGAACCGCUACAUGAGCAACACCUUUGAGCCUCUCAACAAACCUGACAGCACUAUUCAAGACGCCGGCCUCUACCAGGGACAGGUUCUCGUAAUAGAGCAGAAGAGUGAGGAUGGCUCGUGGCCCCGAGGCUCCACGGCACCCAAGUCAUCUGGUGCUUCCAAUCUCUCUGCUUUGCCAAAGAUCUCGCCUUCAUCUCUCACAAACAAUCAUAACAGCAGCUUCAACAGCAGGAAUGUGAAGAAUUCAAGCUAUAGUCUACCGUCCUACCACCCCUACAGCAACAGCUAUGACUACUCGGACCAGAGCCGGCAGAGUGAGCGCUCGGGCCUCUGUGGACUCUCCAACCUGGGCAACACAUGUUUCAUGAACUCUGCUGUGCAGUGUUUAAGCAAUAUCCCUCCUCUGACGGAGUACUUCCUCAAAGACAAGUUCACAGACGAGCUGAACGAAGACAACCCGCUGGGCAUGAAGGGGGAUAUUGCCAAAGCAUACGCCGAGCUUAUCAAGCAGCUGUGGUCGGGAAAAUACAGCUACGUCACCCCAAGGCCUUUCAAGACCCAGGUGGGCCGCUUCGCCCCACAGUUCUCGGGCUACCAACAGCAGGACUCUCACGAGCUGCUGGCCUUUCUCCUGGACGGCCUUCACGAAGACUUGAACCGCAUCAGGAAGAAGCCGUACAUCCAGCUGAAGGACGCUAACGGCAGGCCUGAUAAGGUGGUGGCGGAAGAGGCGUGGGAAAACCACGUCAAGAGAAACGACUCCAUCAUCGUGGACAUCUUCCACGGCCUUUUCAAGUCCACCCUGGUGUGUCCUGUGUGCUCCAAGAUCUCUGUGACCUUUGAUCCUUUCUGCUACUUGACCUUGCCCCUGCCCAUGAAGAAGGAGCGGACGCUGGAUGUCUAUCUGGUGAGACUGGACCCUCUGGCCAAACCCACACAGUACAAGCUGACUGUGCCGAAGGUGGGCUACAUCUCUGACCUGUGUACCUCCCUGUCCAACCUGUCAGACGUGCCCGCUGAGAAGAUGAUUGUAACUGACAUCUACAACCACCGUUUCCACCGGAUCUUCGCCACCAACGAGAACCUCAGCAGCAUCAUGGAAAGAGACGAUAUCUAUGUGUUUGAGUUGGCGGUGAACAGGGUGGAGGACACGGACCAUGUGGUGAUCCCAGUGCACCUGAGGGAGAAGUACAAACAGUCGGGCUACAACCACACCAGCACGCCGCUGUUUGGACAGCCCUUCCUGCUCGCCGUCCCCAGAACCCUCAGUGAAGACAAACUCUACAACAUGCUGCUGCUGCGCCUCUGCCGGUUUGUGCGAUCUUCAGUGGAGGAGGAUGAAGAGGAUUGUGAAGAGACACAGCCGCCCAAACAACACACUGUCAAUGGCAACACCACUAAUGGAGUGCUGGAGGAGGGCUCGCCGAGCGAGAUGGAGACCGACGAGCAGGACGACGAGUCCAGUCAGGAUCAGGAGCUGCCCUCUGAGAACGACAACAGCCAGUCAGAGGACUCGGCGGACAACGAGCUGGAGAACGGUGUGGUUGGUCCGCAGAACUCCACCAAAGGGCCGCAGACGCCCGGGCACAACAGAAAGAGACUUUUUACAUUCCAGUUCAAUAACAUGGGAAAAACGGACUUCUCCCUCAUUAAGGAGGACACCAGACAGAUCCGCUUUGACGAGGGACACCUCCGACUCAGUGACCGCUCUUAUCUCUCCUUGGACUGGGAACCAGAGAUGAGGAAGAAGUACUUUGACGAGAGCGUUGUCGAGGACUUUGACAAGCAUGAGAGCAUGGAGUACAAGCCUCAGAAGAAGGCUUACUUCAAGCUGAAGGACUGCAUCGAACUUUUCACCACGAAGGAGAAACUGGGAGCAGAGGACCCGUGGUACUGUCCAGACUGUAAGCAGCACCAACAGGCCACUAAGAAGCUGGACCUGUGGUCUCUGCCGCCGGUGCUGGUGGUCCAUCUGAAACGCUUCUCCUACAGCCGCUACAUGAGGGAUAAACUGGACUCCCUUGUGGAUUUCCCACUCAGAGACCUGGACAUGUCUGAGUUCCUGAUCAACCCCAACACGGGGCCCUGCCAAUAUGACCUCAUUGCUGUUUCCAACCACUACGGCGGGAUGGGUGGAGGCCACUACACGGCUUACGGCAAGAACAAAGACGACGGAAAGUGGUACAACUUUGAUGACAGCAGUGUGUCUCCUGCCAACGAAGAUCAAAUAGUGACCAAAGCCGGCUACGUGCUGUUCUACCAGCGGCAGGAUACUGUGAAGGGCACCGGCUACUUCGCUCUCGAUCGUGAGGAAGAAGAGGAGGAGGAGGAGGAGGAGGAGGAGGAGGAAGGAGAAGAUGAGGAGGAGAACGAAGGCGAGGAGAGGCAGGAGAGAAAGACCGCCUCAUCCACUCAGGCUGCCCCGCCCGCCGCCGCCUCAGCCACCUCAGCCACCUCAGCCACCUCAGCCACCUCAGCCAGCGCCGCCACCGAUCAGAGUGACGAGGAGGACCCGAACAAGAACCGGCGCAGGAAGAACGACAACGAGCAGGGAGAAGAGGAGGAAGAGGAAGAAGAAGAAGAGAGGAGGAGGAGGAGGAGGAGGAGGAGGAGGAACAGGCGCCCAUCCGAGACGUCACCAUGAAAACCAACUGAGGCAAACUGAGGACGUAAAUAAAUGGAGAGAGAGACUAGGAUCUUUCCAUCUAAAGCCAUAUGGACACACAGCAUGGCAGCGGGCGCCACCAGUCUCACCCAGCGGCUCGGACUCGGCCGCCCGACAGGCUGAGCCACUGCGGGGGUGACGGCUGUUCGGUCAGAGAGCUGCCGGGUUACGCAACUCUAAGAAAUCAGGGCCCUCCUCUGUGGUUGGAUCACUGUGUGUGUGUGUGUGUGUGUGUGGUGUGUGUGUGUGUGUGUCGCCACGUCCAAUCGUUUAGGAUUUGCUCACCUGCUCUGAGAAGAGUCACUGGACGACAUUAGGGAUGGAUUUAGAGGCUUCACAGUACUGCGGUGUAGCGCUCUUAAUCGCCCUCUGCUUUUUUGCGUUUAGCUUUUUAUAUAUUUUUGAGAGCAAUACUUUGUUGGCAUAUCAUUUUACUAUCAUUUAGACCAUGUAAAUAUUUUAAACACUGAAUUGUAUCUGGUGUUCAUGAUGCGCUGAAACAUUUUGAACUUGCACAAUCACCAACCAUCCACCCCUUUUUUUUUUUUUAUGUAUAGUUGCCAGACAUACUGCAAUUGUUUAACAAUAAUGUCUCUGAGGGUUUUCUCACAUGAAUAGCUUAGGAAGCUGCCUUUAGUGAGCCGGCGGUGAGACGCGUGUACAGUCUAGACUUAACGUAGAGAAGUGAUGCUCAGAGUUGGUUUUAUAAAGUGUCGAACAGCCAAACUGUCCUAGCUUUGUGCUGCUGCUGCUACUGCUGUGAUCUUGCAUUUUAAGACAGAUUAUUACUGUAUCGGCAUGAACCUUAGCGAUUUAAGGUCCUGCUUUUGUUGUCUCUCUCUGGUCUCUGUUGAUAAUUUAUAUUUCUUAAAACCUAAAAUAAAGCAGGAUUGAGAAGCUAUCUAGCUAACUUUGCAAAAGAACUAAACAGAUUGAGAUUUUUUGCACAUUUUACCUGCAAAAAUGAAUUAGUAACAGCUGUUUCACUCUGUCUUAACUCAACAUAAUGUGCAGGGAUUGCAACAAAUAUCUGUUUAAAAGUUAGCCGGCCGACUCAGACGUCACAAAUCUCUUCCACUCUCCUGCUAAGUUAUUCAUAGGUGUUGUUUAAAGCUUUACACGGCUCUGCUCGCUCCUCUUCAUAUUGGAGGCACUGUGAGAUUAGGACCAUCAGUGAUUCCGCUCCCAUCAGAUGGAUCGUCUCUUGUUCGGAUCACCUAAGCCUUAACUCUUAAUCUCAGACCGGUCGCCUUUUCUUUGCACAUCGCCAUCGCACCGUCUCUCUCGCACGGCCCUUUCAUACACCAACACUCGUGUACGAACGUCCGUAUUAUUUGUGUGCUUGUUACAUCGCGGCCACAUCAUCUCAAGCUGUUUCUUUUAGCCCACAAGAGGGCCAGAAUGUAUGCUGAAUGGAAUGAACACUGACCAGAUGUAUGUGGUUGAAGCCUUUUUGAUUCUUUACAGGGCCGGAUUUGUUAUUUCCGUUUUUGUUUUUUCACGGCUCCUUUUAUUGGUUUGGUUGAAUGUGAUGGAAAUGGGUUCUUCGCCUUUUGAUAUUAGCUGUAUGAAUUCAUGGAUACUGCUGAAUGCGACCCUUUCCAGAGGGUGAAAAAAAUGCUUUGAGGAUGGGGAGCGAGGGAAGGGAAAAAACUAAAAAGUGCGGGGUGAGUCUGCCUCAAAGGCCUUUCAGCUUGUGGGAUCAUGAUACAGUGAAAAUAUUUUGUGGCAGAUUGUUGCAGGAUAUUCCUCCAUCGAUGUAACUCAUGAAACUAUUCUCCAUGGUGGAGUGUUAUGCUUUCUUUUUCUACCUGUUCGUCCAUUGUAAACAGCGUUAGCGUACCUGUUGCCUCAGAAUAUUCGAUGUGUACCAUGCCUUUAUGAGCAUCUGCUUUGACUUCAGCGGGCUUCAUCACCUCAGCGCUGCCUUGCUUUUUGGGCGACUCACCCCCCAUCCUGAGUGUGAUGUGAUCGCUACUAUAGGCUUAUACAAUACUGUACAUAAGAGUUCACUCUGUGAGUGCACAUUUGAUAAAGUUUAUUUAUUUAUAUGUAAGCAUUUAAUAAUAAACAGACAAUAUAUUUAAACCUUGGCAAGACAUGAAAUGUCUGGGGAAAUGUGGCUCGAGUCCACACGUACACUAGUUUGCAAAGUCUAGCCUGUGCUCUUGUCAGGGAGGGAAUAUUUUUAAGAAAAAGGAUGGUUCUGUUGUUUUGGGACUGUUUUUUGUAAAAAUAAUCCAGACAUCUUUGCAUGACAGCAUAAUAUGGGUUUCCAGGUUUGGCUGCACUUGAGUUCACUUGGGUUUACAUUUGAAAUGUGCAUGUGUAUUUAUACACAAUCUUCAAUAAAGUUGUGUAAAGCUU